AAAUAAUAUUUGAGAUUUUUUUACACAUGAUUCGUUGGUGUAGUAUCUUAUAAAAACGUAUUUUUUUUUAGCGAAAGUGUGGCUCGGGCAAAAACGAUUCAUCCCGACGCUGUGGUGCGGGGUACAUUCAAAAAGCCAAAAUGAAUUCAUGUUCUCAAACGUUCCACAGCUGUUCUUAGUAAAGAGAAUGUGACAGUAGCUGGUGAGUUGUUUUGAAUGCGACUCACAUUAGACGAAGGAGUUGCCUUCUCUCAACAGCAUCAAAUUUAUGAUCACCUCAGACAAGAAAGAUAUCUGGCUAGAUGUGAAAGCUGCUGCACAAAACACAAAUUUGAGGCUAAAUUCAACCCUUUUGAGCAGUUUGGAAUAACUUCACAAUGCGGGAAUUGUUCUGAGGUGUGAUUAUCCACGGAUGGACCUGGUGCCUGUCGGCUGAGACAUCAUUUACAAUCCGCGGUGAGACUGACGAGGCGGGACCGCCGACAGGAUGGUGGAGCGGUCGGACCGAGCCCCUCUGCUGGACUGGGAGGAGGUUCCGUCCGCGGAGAAGCCCGGCGGUGCGGCACCGGCGGCAGCUCACGUUAAGGACCGACUGUCGAGCCCCUCCAAUGGCCGUACCACAUUAGGAUGCUCCGCGCCAGGGUUUGGGUGGAGCAGCGGUCCGGGGGGUCCCACUCCGAGUAGCAGGUCUGUCUCCAACGCAGACGGCUGCAGCACUCCGCCCGCGACCUCCAGCACCCCGGAGGGCACGGAUGAAGGGCUGCGUCCCGACAAGGAGGAGCAUCUUUCGGAUUCAGGACCGAGGGAAGUGUCGCUGGAGGACAGGAUGGUGAAAUGGGAGGAAAAGGACCAGAUUGUGUCGGUUUUUGUGGUUACAUUCAACACCAGAUCAGGAAACAUGCUGGAGUGGUGUCUGCCCAAAGACAUGGACCUGGACGGAGUGGAGUUCAAAGCCAUCGCCAGCGGCUCCCACCGAGUCACCACAGACUUCAUCUACUUCCGGAAGGGCUCCUACUUUGGCCUCGCCUGCUUUGCCAACAUGGCGGUGGACAGCACGGUGGAGAGGGGGGCGAGGAUGAAGUCGGUGGGGAUCUUGUCUCCUUCCUACACCCUACUCUACCGCUACAUGAGCUUCCUGGAACACCAGGUCAGGCUCCAGCUCCAGUCCCCAGGCCAUUACUCUCCUCUAGAGGCCUUCUAUGAGGACAAGAGAGCAAUCCUGCCUCCUGGUGGAGAUUGCAUUGUUACUGCAUGUCCAGCCAGUGCCUGGGGUGCUGCCAUCAACCACAGCAUGCACCCUGAGAUGAAGAUCACCCACCCGGCAGGCUGUAUGUCCCAGUUCAUCCGCUUCUUCGGGGAGCAGAUCAUGGUGCUGUGGAAACUGGCUCUCCUCCGCAGACGCAUCCUCAUCUUCUCCCCUCCUCCUGUGGGUGUGGUCUGUUACAGGGUCUACUGCUGCUGUUGCCUGGCAAACAUCUCCAUCCCUGGGGUCAGCGCAGCUGUGCCUGAAUUCCGCCCCUUCUUCUAUGUUAAUGUGGCCGAUAUCAGUGCCCUGGAGAACGAGCUCUCCUAUGUAGCAUGUACUACUGAAAAGAUCUUUGAGGAGAAGAAGGAUCUCUACGAUGUGUAUGUAGACAAUCAGAAUGUAAAAACCUACAGAGACGGCCUGAAGCCUCUGCUCCGCCUCAGUGCUGCAGACCGGGAGAAAUAUCGCAAACUCACAGAGCAGAGGCAGAUGUUGCUGUACUCCCAGGAGGAGAAUGGAGACUGUGUGUCCAGUGAAGAGGAUCUCUUUAUUCUGUUUUUCCUGGAGCAGAACAACCGAAUUUUCCAGACCCUGAGCGAGGUGGCAGGAAGCCCCGAUCCCACUUUGACGCAGGAAAGCGUGAGAGCCAUGGGUCUGGAUCCUCAUGGAGACAGGCUCUUCCUGCUCCACCUGCUGGAGAUCUAUGGCUACGACACCCUGCUGGUGUCAGAGCAGCUGUGCUGCAGCUGAAAGACAACAGAUGACUAGCUUUUCAGCUUUUCAUCACUGCUGGUUUUUAAAAAGGAGUUGAUUUGCCUUGAGCCAACUCUGUGUGCUGCACUACUGGCUUCUUGGAGUCUUCAGGACUGUUUGAGCCUCCAGAAAUUUCUCUGGUAUGACCUUUUUUUGUUGUACAUCCCUAUGUCCUCCUUUUGUUCACUGUGCGUCUUCUUCCUUGCAGCCUGCCGGCAAAAGCAACAAUAACAGUCAACUGUCAUGAGUAAUGUGGACAGUUCUGUGUGAUCAUUGGGGUCAAAACUCACCACUGAAAUGGAUUUUUCACUCCACAGCAGGAACAAGUCUUCUCGAGGAACGUACAAUGACAUGAAGUUAGUGGUUUGGAGAUUUUCAGAGAACAAAACAUUUACAAAUGAUUAAUGUAUGGAAGUGAAAAAGAGGUAGCCUUUCUGUAAAUAAUCAUUUUUCUUUUUCCUUUGUGUACAAUGUGUCAGUGUUUGUGUGAUAUGGGCUCUGACUUUCUGCCAGUGUUGCUAUUCUUGUAUCAAGUGCUGGAUUCAAACAUCCCAUUUUAAGCCUAUAUAUCCAAAUCAGGGCCUCCUUUCUUGAAAUGUGUCAUUACAGCAGGUCAAACCGCCUUCGUCCUUCAAGAGCCAUGUCUGUAACCAUUGCUGUUUAAGAAGAAAAUGACCAGUUGAUGGAUUUGGCCUAUCCAGUAUUUCCAGGGACCAGUGUGUAGGAUUUAGUGGCAUCUAGUGGUGAGGUUGCAGAUUGCAACCGACAACAACAUGGCAGUGCAACAUGGUGGGCUCUGUGGAAGAGGAACUAUGUAGAUAUGAAGGGCUAAUUUUAAGCUAACAAAAACACAUCAAUCCUUAGUUUAGGAGAAUUAUACACUAAUGAAAAAUAAUUCUGAGUAUUAUAUUCCAAUUCUGCCAGUAGAUCCUCUUAAAUCCCACACAUUGGUCCUUUAAUGUCAAGGCUGAAAGUGAAUCUUUUUUGCCUGUGCUGAAACCAAAUCGUAUUUUUUUAAUGAUGUCCAACAGGCAAAGGCAUUUAGAAAUGCACUCUGACAUGAGUCUAUGUUAAUAUAAAAAAAAUGUAUUAAUGCAGCUUUCAGAAAUAUUUCCCCUGUGUGGGAUCUCAGCCUGCAAACAUAGAUCAGGUUUAGCUGAACAAUUCUUAGGUCAGUGUUCAGGAGAAAUUCCUUUAGACUAACCAUCAUUAAAUCAUUGGCACAUGAAUAUACUUGUGCUGUAGAAGAAAAAAUAAUUCAAGUAACAUCUCUUCAAGUCAGCUGUGGUGUUGAUUUGUAUCCGAGAAGGUUUUUUUCCCCCUCUUUCUGACAGAAACAUGCCAUACAGUAAGCUAAUCUGGUGCUUUUGUCAUGCUGUGUGCUGUGUACAGUACAUGCUACAUACAAGAUAGUUUGUGGUAGAGUGCAUCCCAAGUCAUUAUAUGUUUAACAGUGAUUAUUCUCAUGCAUUUCAUUUUUUAUUUAUUCUUUUUUCAUUUAGGCUGUUCAUGUUGUUUAGCUGUAAAUAUUCUUUGAGUGUAAAUAUUCAAUUGCUGUAAUAAUCUGUGAAGAAACGGGAUCAGCUGAAUGUGUUUUAUAAGACGAUUAUGAUCCCAUUGAGCCUUUGUGUAUCACUGAAAUCCUCAUCCAAUCAUGUGUUCAGCUGUCCACUGUAAGCUUAUUUUCACGCCUCAUCAUAGGGCACCUUAGAAAAACCUGUACAGAGCAAACAUCCUUGUAGUUGAAGGGAUAGUCCAACUCAUGUUAAAACACUUUCACUUUAUUUAUUUUACUGUAAACCAUUUCAGAAAUAAAGUGCACAGCCAUUUGUAAAGAAAAAACAA